UGUUUCUAAAGUGUAUUGUGAUGAGCAUGUGUAGUGUUUUAAAAAUGUGAAAAGAAGUUACGUAACAAUAAUGCAACUUGGAUUGUGAAUCUUUUUACUUUAAAAUAAUAAAUUAUAUUGUAUUAUUUUCCUAAAACAAUGAUAAGUUUAAAAUUUUCAUCCAAAAGAUUUUUCAUUUCAAGUGAUUUUUCAACAGAACAUUUGAACAACCUGUAAAAAUGUUUCGACACUGAAAACACUGGUUUCACCGGUUGCCGACAUCAUGUACCAGGCCAUAGCGGAAUGCUACGAAGGGCAAUCUGUUUUUAUGACGGGGGGCACAGGAUUCCUUGGGAAGGUGCUCCUGGAGAAGUUACUGUACAGUUGUCCCGGAAUAGAGAAGGUGUAUCUCUUGGUGCGGGAGAAGCAGGGAGCAACGGCGCAGCAACGAGUGCAGAAGCUUCUAGAACAGCCUCUAUUUUCAAGAAUAAAAGAAGAAAAACCACAGGCAUUCGAGAAAAUAAUACCCAUAGUGGGCGACAUUUCUGAACCACAACUCGGUAUCAAGGCGGAGGAUGAGGAACUCCUGGCUGAAAAAGUAUCGAUAGUAUACCACGUCGCCGCAACUAUAAAGUUCAAUGAACCGUUUGAACAGGCCAUGAACGUAAACGUAGCGGGCACCGGGCGUGUACUCAAUCUGAGUAAACGAAUGAAAAAUGUUAAGGCCUUCAUUUAUGUAUCCACGGCGUUUUCUAACACAGACAGAAAAGUGAUCGAGGAAAUUAUAUAUCCAGCUCCAGCGUCGUUGAAUGAAGUGAAGAAGUUACUCGAGAUCGGCAUCACUGACGCGCAAGUCAAAGAACUUAUCCGGGGCAGACCCAAUACGUACACAUUCACAAAAGCCUUAGCAGAAAAUCUCGUUGCUGACAACCAUGGAAACGUACCCGCAGUUAUAAUCAGACCUUCAAUAGUGUCAUCUAGUAAAAGAGAACCAAUGGUCGGCUGGAUAGACAACUGGUUUGGAGCGUCGGCGUUAAUAACAACAAUCAUGAAGGGUCUGAACCGAGUCCUCCUCUCCUCGCGCGACAAUAGUCUGGACCUCAUCCCUGUAGACUACGUAUCCAACCUCAUCAUCGUUGCAGCAGCGAAGUGUAAAUGUUCAAAAAACGUUGGCGUGUAUAACAGCAGCACAAGUGGAGAGAAUCCUCUGCGAAUAGGUCGUUUAGCUGAACUUAUUAUUGCUGAUAGCAAUAAACACAAAUUUUACGAUGUGCCGAUGCCAAUGGUAUAUUUCACACGUUUCAAAUGGGUGGUGUUGCUAAUAACACUGUUCUUCCAAACCCUGCCGGCCUAUAUUGCAGAUAUAUUUUUAUUAAUAAGAGGAAAGAAGACAAGAUACGUGAAAAUCCAAUCAAAAGUAUCGUUCGUACGCGAUACAUUGGAGUACUUCACAUCAAACACUUGGUCGAUAUCAUCACGUCAGACUACAGCUCUGUCUCAAUCGCUAUCGCCAUCAGACAGAUAUCUGUUCCCGUGUGACCCUACGGACAUUGACUGGAAGGAUUAUAUUCCAACCUACUGCCAAGGGAUAAGGCAGUUUUUGUGUAAAACUUAAUUUGGUAUACAAUUUAACUCACCGUGUUUGUAUUCAUUGUUAUUAGUGGGAUUACCUAAAUUUGCCCGUAACUCAAUCAACAAUUGUGUUACAAAAUAUUUGUCUUCUUUACUGCAACUAUUGGUCGGUCGUUGGUUGGGGUCUGGCUCGAAGGACCAAAAAACGCGGGCUGAUAUCGUACAAUAAGAUAAAAGCUAGAUUACUUACUAUGUUAUAAUCUUUCUUGCUUUAAUGCUAUAUGUUAAUGCUAUGGAAGUGUGGACAAUAUGUUUUCAAUGGUUGCAUAUAUAAUCGUAAGUAGGCCGUUUUGUUCUUUUAUAUUGAGGUGUGAUAGCCCAGUGGAUAUGACCUCUGUAUUCGAUUCGUUGCAAACGGUUCGGCAGGUGGUUAGAAUCCGGUCCGGGGCAUGCACUUCCAACAUUUCAGUUAUUUUUGAGAAAUUAAAUAUCACGUUGUUGGUUAUACGGUGAAACAAAAACAUCGUGAGGAAUCUGCAUAUCUGAGAAUUUGCUUAAUUCUCUACGUGUGUAAAGUCUGCGAAUCCACAUUUGGCCAGCGUGGACUAAGGCCUAACAACUUAAAACUAUUUUAAAGGAGACUCGUGCUCUACAGUGAGCCGAAUACGGUUUGUUUGUGACGAGGCCGGUUUGUGUCAGCAUAUGUACGAAAUGAACCGGACCUACCUACUUCUGUAACUAGGUAUUAGUUUUGUCAGAGACUUUAAGUGAUGAAUGAUUUGUUUAAUUUAAUAUAUUUGUAACACAUUUUCUGUUUCUGCAUUUUAAAAUUAAAAGUAGGUAUUGUAGUCUUGUAUUGAUUUCAUGUUAUUUAUUACGUUCAUUUAUUAACCAAUCUUCAUUUCGUAAUCCCUUGCAUUAAAUUGUAUAGAUUUAAGUAAGUUUAAUAUAUAAAAAUAAAAUUAAUAUAAAAAAAAUCACAACACUAUAUAUAUAAUUUUUUUAGCGUCGUGAUUUAUUUUUUAAUCAUUUAUUAUUUAGAUAAUGUUGUAAAUAUAGUUAUAAGUACGUAAAAUUAUGUAUACGCCUUUUUAGGCCAGUGAUAUUGGUAUUAAUGUAUGUAAGACAGUGUAUGGUAAAAAUAUAACAGAUUAUUAUAAAA